AUGCCCGCCCAACACGAGCUUCGACGGCCGGGACUUUGUGUCCACGAAGGGGCCGUUGUUCCCUUUGGAACGGCCAUGAAGGGAAGCGACUGCAUCUCCUCCGAUCGGCCCUGGCGCCCGUCUAUCAACAUCUUCAACGGCCAGCAUUGCAUGUUCACCAAGCCCCGCAGUGAACCCCCCUCGUCAGCCAAACAUGCCGUUACCCCCACCAGCCAGGCUGCCCACCAAACUACACCUACGAUGGCAGCAACAGAGGAGCUAACUCCUGCCCGGAAUGUCCGGCGGAUAUCUUUUUGGACGGCCAUGUUUGUCCCACCCAACACCUCCUUUGAUGGCACAAACUACGUCACCAGCGUGAGACCGGACCGCACACCGGGAAUGAGUUUGAGUGGAAAGAAGUGCGUAUAUGGCAAAUCGUCCAACUGCCUGCCAGGCUCCAUCUUCGACGGCACCGAAUGCGUCUCCUCCCAAACCCACCUCUGA